AUGGAUGCGGUGAAGGACGAAGAACGUUUGAGGCGGCUCCGCGCCUUGGAAGAGCGGCUGUGUGACCCUCGAUCCACUGGCAACGUGGACUGCUUACUCGACACUGUCACUGCGCUGGUCUCCGACUGCGAUCACCCGGCUAUUCGACGAAUGAAGAAUGUCGAAGCUUAUGCCAGCAGAUAUGAGGUUUUUGCCUCGGACAUAAUAGACCUGCGCAUGAAAGCAGCCGAUUUUGAUUUGAUCAAAGUUAUUGGUCGUGGUGCAUUUGGUGAAGUGCAACUAGUCAGACAUAAGUCUACACGCCAGGUUUAUGCCAUGAAGCUACUCAGUAAAGUGGAAAUGAUCAAAAGAUCUGACUCAACAUUCUUUUGGGAAGAGCGACAUAUAAUGGCACAUGCUAACUCUGAGUGGAUAUUAAAAUUGCACUUUGCCUUUCAAGAUCACAAAUAUCUUUACAUGGUGAUGGACUACAUGCCUGGUGGAGAUCUUGUCAGUUUAAUGUCAAACUAUGACAUACCAGAAAAAUGGGCUAAAUUCUAUACAAUGGAAAUUGUUCUUGCUUUAGAUGUAAUUCAUGGUAUGGGAUUUGUACACCGUGAUGUAAAACCAGAUAAUAUGUUGAUUGAUAAAUAUGGUCAUCUUAAACUAGCUGAUUUUGGCACAUGUAUGAGAAUGGGGAUUGAUGGACUUGUAAGAGCCAGCAAUGCAGUGGGUACUCCAGAUUAUAUAUCCCCUGAGGUACUACAGUCACAAAACGGUGAAGGGGUAUAUGGGCGAGAGUGUGACUGGUGGGCUGUGGGUAUAUUCUUGUAUGAGAUGCUGAUUGGAGAUCCGCCUUUUUAUGCUGACAGUUUAGUAGGAACAUAUGGAAAAAUUAUGGAUCACAGGAACUCGCUUCAGUUUCCUGAUGAUGUAGAAAUUUCAAAGGAAGCCAAAUCUCUUAUUAGAGGACUUUUAACUGAUAGAACUAAGCGACUAGGGAAGAAUAGUGUUGAUGAAAUCAAGCAACAUCCUUUCUUUAUCAAUGAUCAGUGGAGCUUUGAAAACUUGAGAGAUUCUGUGCCCCCUGUUGUACCUGAACUAUCUAGUGAUGAUGAUACUCGAAAUUUUGAUGACAUGGAGAAGUCAGAUGCACUAGAUGAGUCUUUUCCAGUGCCAAAAGCAUUUGUUGGCAAUCAUUUACCUUUUGUAGGAUUCACUUAUAAUGGUGAUUACCAAUUGUGUAGCAGGGGGCUAAAGGCUGCAGAUGUAGUUGACACAAUAUCUAAUAAUCAUGUUAAUAACCUUAAUGUUGGAUCUGAAGCUAUAUUGCAGCUAGAAAAACUACUUGAGCGUGAAAGAGAUGGGAGGCGAAAAUUAGAGGAUACACAAGUGACUUUGUGUGCACAAUUAGAAGAACUGUCACAAAGAGAUGCCAGGCACAAAAAAGUAAUUGCCGAUACUGACAAAGAGCUUGCGCUACUUAGACACGAUUUGAAGGAAUUACAGAGGAAAGCAGACGUGGAAGCAGAAACAAGAAGAAAAGCAGAAUUUAAUUUUAACGAAGCUAAGCGACGACUCGAUGAAGAACAAAGUAAACGAGCAAAAGAAAUAAGCAAUUUGCAAAAUUACAACGAUAAAAUUAAUGUCUUGGAAAUGCAGCUUACCGAGAUGCGAGAAAAAUUAAAACAAGAAGCAGAAGCUGCCGCGAAAUCCAGAAAGCAAGCAGCAGAACUUACAGCUGCUCAAGCUGCAGCUGCUGCGGUCAACGACGGCACCGUUGCGAGCUUGCGUGCUCAACGUGACGCGCUGGAAAGAGAACGCUGCACACUUACUGAAGAACUGGCUGUUACUAAGGCAGCUAAGCAACGGUCAGAAGCAUCUGUUGCAGAAUCGACCAACAGAUUAAAUGCGGCCCACGCUGAGCUCGAGAGAGCGGCGACGAGGCUGAACCAAACCGUGGCAGAUAAUAGGCAGCUUUCAGAACGUGUUUCGUCAUUAGAGAAGGAAUGUGCUUCACUGGCGCAUGAGCUUCGGGCCGCUCAACACCUUUACCAGCAAGAAUUGCGUGCUCACCAAGACACGCAGCGAUCACAAUUGCUCUCUAAACAAGAAGCUAACUUGGAGCUAGUCAAGGCCCUGCAGUCAAAAUUAAAUGAGGAAAAAGGUGCGCGGCAACGGUCUGAAUCAGCUUGUCAGGAGAAGGAACGUCAGAUGUCAAUGCUCAGCGUCGAUUACAGGCAAAUGCAGCAGCGCCUGCAGAAGCUGGAGGGUGAACAUAGACAAGAGAGUGAAAAGGCGGUGGGUUUGGCUGCUGCGCUAGAGCAGGAGCGAGCUGCUAGGCUAUCUGUGAGCAGCGAAGUAGCAGCGGCCGAAGCCGCGGCUCGGGCGGCGCAGGCCGAACGAGACGCGAGGGCUCGCGACCUGCAGGCUGUCCGUGCCGCGCUCCUCGACACUUCGGAGAAGCUGGCCGCUGCCAGCGCCGAGCGGGACAUGCAUCGUGAGAGGAGUGAGGAGCUUCGCCUCCAGUUAGAGACGGAGCAACACUACUGCUUCAUGUACAAGAGUCAGGCCAAUGACUUGCGGCUGAUGCUCGAUGAGAACACGCGAGCUGCUUGCGACGCGGAGCAGGAACGCUCCAGUUUACUGCAUCAGCUGCAGCUCGCCAUUGCGAGAGCUGACUCUGAAGCCAUUGCCAGAUCAAUAGCCGAAGAGACGGUAGGAGAGCUGGAAAAGGAGAAGACGAUGAAGGAGUUGGAAAUGCGCGACGCGGCCGCGCAGCACCGAAGCGAGCUGGCCGCGCGCGACGCGCUCGUACAGGGGCUGCAGGACCGUGACCACGAGAACCGCGCCACCAUCGACCUGCAACGGAAGGAGGCCGAUGAGCUACGUCGUAGUGGUACAGCUCUAGCAGAACGCGUAGCGACGUUGCAGCGUCUGCAAGAGGAGGUCGACCGGCUCAACAAGAAGGUCAAGUCGGAGACGAUGCUCAAACAGCAGGCGGUCAACAAACUUGCUGAGAUUAUGAAUAGAAAAGACAUGAAUCUCGCCACUGCCAAGACCAAAAAUAAGUCCGUUCGCAAGGACAAGGACUAUCGUAAGCUGCAGCAAGAGUUGACUCGUGAAAAGGAAAAGUUUGAUCAGCACAUCCUAAAGCUGCAACGCGAUCUACAAGAUUGUCAACAGCAACUCCUCGAUGAACAAUCCACGCGGAUGCGACUUGCUAUGGAGGUGGAUAGCAAAGACGCAGAAAUCGAGCAACUAAAGGAAAAACUGGCAGCCCUAACGAGUGAGACAGCGUCACAAUCAUCCGCCGACGCUGAGGACGGCGAGACGGAACAAACCCUCGAGGGCUGGCUCUCCAUCCCCUUCAAACAAAACAUACGUCGACACGGUUGGAAGAAACAAUACGUCGUAGUGUCUUCGAAAAAGAUUAUAUUCUACAAUAGUGAAAAUGAUAAACAGAACACCACGGAUCCUGUUAUGAUCUUAGACUUGAGCAAGGUGUUCCACGUGCGGUCGGUGACUCAGGGCGACGUGAUCCGCGCGGAGGCCAAGGACAUCCCGCGCAUCUUCCAGCUGCUGUACGCCGGCGAGGGCGAGGCGCGCCGCCCCGGGGACUCCGCCGACGCGCCGCCCGACGCCACGGACCACCACGGCAACACGGUGCAGCACAAGGGCCACGACCUGGUGAGCAUCACGUACCACAUCCCCACGGCCUGCGAGGUGUGCACGCGCCCGCUCUGGCACAUGUUCCGUCCGCCGCAGGCCUACGAGUGUCGACGAUGCCGCAUGAAGAUCCAUGCAGAGCACGUGUCCGAAGGCGAUGGUGUGGCUGCUUGCAAGCUCCACGCGGAUCGCGCACGCGAGCUCCUGCUACUAGCGCCAGCCGCCGGCGACCAACGCCGCUGGGUGGCGCGCCUCGCCCGCCGCGUGCAGCGCUACGGGUACCGCGCAGCGCACCACACCAACCACGACCACACCAAGCUCUCGCCCAGCGCACCACACCAACCACGACCACACCAAGCUCUCGCCCAGGUAACUCGCGCUACUGACCCACUCACAGCACUGGCGACAACGCCGCUGGGGGGCGCGCCUCGCCCGCCGCGUGCAGCGCUACGGGUACCGCGCAGCGCACCACACCAACCACGACCACACCAAGCUCUCGCCCAGGUAACUCGCGCUACUGACCCACUCACAGCACUGGCGACAACGCCGCUGGGGGGCGCGCCUCGCCCGCCGCGUGCAGCGCUACGGGUACCGCGCAGCGCACCACACCAACCACGACCACACCAAGCUCUCGCCCAGGUAACUCGCGCUACUGACCCACUCACAGCACUGGCGACAACGCCGCUGGGGGGCGCGCCUCGCCCGCCGCGUGCAGCGCUACGGGUACCGCGCAGCGCAUCACACCAACCACGACCACACCAAGCUCUCGCCCAGGUAACUCGCGCUACUGACCCACUCACAGCACUGGCGACAACGCCGCUGGGGGGGCGCGCCUCGCCCGCCGCGUGCAGCGCUACGGCACUGGCGACAACGCCGCUGGGGGGCGCGCCUCGCCCGCCGCGUGCAGCGCUACAGGUACCGCGCAGCGCACCACACCAACCACGACCACACCAAGCUCUCGCCCAGGUAACUCGCGCUACUGACCCACUCACAGCACUGGCGACAACGCCGCUGGGGGGCGCGCCUCGCCCGCCGCGUGCAGCGCUACGGGUACCGCGCAGCGCACCACACCAACCACGACCACACCAAGCUCUCGCCCAGGUAACUCGCGCUACUGACCCACUCACAGCACUGGCGACAACGCCGCUGGGGGGCGCGCCUCGCCCGCCGCGUGCAGCGCUACGGGUACCGCGCAGCGCACCACACCAACCACGACCACACCAAGCUCUCGCCCAGGUAACUCGCGCUACUGACCCACUCACAGCACUGGCGACAACGCCGCUGGGGGGCGCGCCUCGCCCGCCGCGUGCAGCGCUACGGGUACCGCGCAGCGCACCACACCAACCACGACCACACCAAGCUCUCGCCCAGGUAACUCGCGCUACUGACCCACUCACAGCACUGGCGACAACGCCGCUGGGGGGCGCGCCUCGCCCGCCGCGUGCAGCGCUACGGGUACCGCGCAGCACACCACACCAACCACGACCACACCAAGCUCUCGCCCAGGUAACUCGCGCUACUGACCCACUCACAGCACUGGCGACAACGCCGCUGGGGGGCGCGCCUCGCCCGCCGCGUGCAGCGCUACGGGUACCGCGCAGCGCACCACACCAACCACGACCACACCAAGCUCUCGCCCAGGUAACUCGCGCUACUGACCCACUCACAGCACUGGCGACAACGCCGCUGGGGGGCGCGCCUCGCCCGCCGCGUGCAGCGCUACGGGUACCGCGCAGCGCACCACACCAACCACGACCACACCAAGCUCUCGCCCAGGGACUCGAUGCGGUCAAACCUGAAGUCUGCGUACAUGAACGCAUCCCAGCGCAGCUCUACGUUGCCGGCCAACGCGUCCCUGCCGCGGCAGUGAGCCGCUCGCCCUCUACUCACUAA